AUGACGUGGACAAUCUAUCUCAGCCUCGCUGUAGCAGCCGGCAUUCUCUGUCACUCGUUGAUCUCCAGCCGCAUCCUGCGACGCCAGCGAGACCUGUCUCAUAUUCCAUUGGUCAGAUUCCACCACGAUGAUACGCAGGCGAGCUACAUUGCGCGAACCAGGGAAAUCAUGCACCAGGGUUAUGUGGAGUAUAACAAAAAAGGCAUGGCGUUCCGAAUCCGGAAUCCCGUGGAUGAGGGAAGUCCCCAAGUCAUCAUGGCCAAGAGAUACUUGGACGAGGUGAAAAAUGCAUCGGAGGAACAAUUGAGCUUCCCAUUAUACUCCAUUCAGGCAUUUCUCCUGAAAUACAGCGGGUCGGUACUCCCAUCAGCUGCAGCCACGCAUGUCACUCGCAUUGACCUGAACAAAAACCUGGGGGAAUUGGUAGAACCCAUGAGAGAAGAAUGCCUUGACACCCUCCGAGUCGUCAUUCCCGAAAGCAAGGACUGGACGCUUCUAAAACCUUGGGACACGUUCGUCCCGCUCAUCUCGCGCAUGACUGGCCGGGUUCUGGUCGGCCCUACGCUCUGCAGUAAUCCGGAAUGGAUCCAGCUGACGAUUGCCAACACGGCGGGGAUCAUGAAAUCGGCGAUGGAGAUUCGUGCAUCCUACUCCGCACGGUGGCAGUGGCUCGCUCCCUGGACCUACCGGGGGCGAAAUGACCUCCGGAAGCUUCGCAAGAGGGCGACAGAGCUGAUCGAACCGCUCUACCGUGAGCGCCUUGCUGGCAAACAGCCUGCCGACCCCGAACAGAAACACCGGGAUGCGGUGCAAUGGCUCAUUGAGGGCCAUCAGACCGAGACCGAGAAGGGGAUCACCUCGGCUGAGAUCGCGGACGGCCUCUUAUUCUUGUACAUGGCCGGCAUUCACAGCACCAGCGCCACGGUCGUCUCCAUCAUGUACGACUUGCUGGCCCACCCGGAAGUCAUCCCCGAGCUGCUGGAGGAGAUCCAUCAGGUACAGACGGAAUCCCCGCAAUGGUCGAAGCAAAGCCUGGCAAAGCUACGCAAGUUGGACAGUUUCAUGAAGGAGAGCCAACGCCUUCACCCGGCCGGGUUCGUCACGGUCCAGCGCUCCACGGUUCGGCCCUACACCUUCCAGGAUGGCCUUCAACUCCCGGCCAACACCUUCCUGAUGUUUCCGACGUACGAGUUCACCCACGACGGCGAGACGUACCCGAAUCCGGAGCAAUUCGAUCCGUGGCGCUUCUACCGCAUGCGGACGGAAGGCGAUGCCACCAAAUUCCAUUUCGCCACCGUGUCGAAUGAUUCCACCAACUUUGGGGCGGGGUUCCAUGCUUGCCCUGGGCGCUUCUUUGUGGCGCAUGAGCUCAAGAUUAUCCUGACCGAGCUCCUGCUGCAGUACGACUUCAAGUUUGCCGAGGGCACUGCACGGCCCCCGGAUCACUACCAUGAUUUCACCGUGAUUCCCAAUCAGCAGGCGCAGCUGCUGGUUCGCAAGAGACAGGAGCGCAAGCAGUGA